AUGGCUCCCUUUGGAGGUGACUAUUUUGCCUUAGAUCUGAUUCGCAGCUUUGACUGUUUAUUUUAUGACCUAAUUACAGGUUUGCUGCCGGUGUAUUUUGGAAGCCUAGCUUUUUGCUACAUCUUGGUGUUUACCUGUAUGCUGCUCCUUCAAUGGCGAAAACAAAUCCUUCAGAAGCGCCGUGCAAAAGUCUGGAUGAAACAGUUGAAAGCGGAGUCUUAUUUUCAACAUGCAUUGGCUCACAGGGCUGAUGAGGAAGCCCAGCCUAGAACAAAUACAGCCACCUGCAAUCCCGAUAACAUACUAGACCUAGAACCACAAAGCACUGUCUUACCUAGUGAGAAUAUUGUGGAGAGCAACAUCAAUUCUACCCCUCCACUUCUAGAUUCGGCUCCAUACAAACCAGUAUUUCAAGAAGUUCCAUGUGCUUGUGCACUCUCUCACUUGCCGCCACUGCUUGCGCAUUCAGCUUCUUACCCUUGCUCUACCAUUCCAGCAGAAAGUUCACCAUUCAGCUCACCUCUAAAACCAACCAUCUUGAAAUAUGAUCCAUACAGUAUGGGUAGAAGGAUUUCUGCUUAGCGAUCAAAUGUGACGGAUAGGAAUAUUCUUAAGUGGUUUCAGUUAGAACUCAAUUAAAGAUCAGUUUCAAACUAUUUCCGUUUUCAUUCAAGCAUUGUUUUAAUAUUGGGAAGACAAUCUGCCUUCGACAGCUAGUGUAGAAAGAAAUCACUUUAGAAAUUAAAUUGUAUUCAGAAUCCAUUCAUAUAUCAUGAAACUGAAGUAUAUGUUCUUUCCAAGGUUUCUAAAUCUACAUUUCAUCCCAAUUGUCCAAAGAGCUGAAUAUUACAUGGCCAUACUUCAAUUUUAACUUCAGUAACAAAUUACAUUUUAAAAUAUAUGAGUAAUAUCCAGAUAUAUCAAAAAGCAAAGUGUAUGGAAGACUUUAUAAUUAAAACCAGCAAACAUUGUUUAGUCCUGAGUGUCUCACAUUUCGUUAGCAAAGUUAGUUAUGGCUAACAAAUGGUGCUUAUAAUGCAGCCUUUUAAAACUUAAAGUAAAAUAUAGUAUAAAUUAUGGUCCAACUCAGUGAAUAUUUUGGAGCAACUUAUUUUUUCCAGUGUGAGAGGUAAUCUGGGAACAGCAACUGUUUUUACAAAUCAGUUUAUCAUGUUAUGCAAUUCUAAUAGACAAAAUAGGAUUUUUUCAAGUGAACCGCAUGAUCAAAAAGAAAGCUGAAUGCUUCAGUUUAUUCUAUAACAUAUUUUUCUAGAUGAAAUAAAAUAACCAUUAGACCCAAAACAAACUAUUUUAUUUAGAUUUGACAUUCACAAUGCAUAAUAGGUGCAAAAUGCAACAGCUAAAUCUAGCUUUCAUUCACUCCAUUAGAGCUUUUACACAUUUUUGAGGUCCUAUUUUAUAAACCAUUUCAAUUAGUUUAAGUAGGACAAUGCAAAUCAAUUACCUUUAUACAAUGUAAAACCAGUGUACUUUCAGUGCAGUGGAUUCCAAUACAAAUCCUAAAGAACAAACACUAUGAUUCACAGCAGAGCAUUGUUUUUAACAUUUUAAAGAUCAGAUUAGUUAAUUCAUAUUCUAAAGGACAUAAUUUUCAUUCUGGAGAUAUAAAAUCAAGACUCUUUUUUUAAUAGCAUAAAAAGCAGUACCACUUUUAAACUAUACCCAACACUCCCAUACAAGGAAAACAGGUUUCAAUCUUUCAAAACCCUUAAGAAUUAUUUCCUUUGCAAUGUUAUGCUUCUCCAUACAAAUAAACUACCCUUUUCUAUAAAUCUUAAUUUUAUUCAUUCUUUUCAUAUGAUUAUCUGAACAAAAAGAUAAGUAAUUUUUACUUUUUAAAUGCCACUAGAAUUUUUUGUGCAAUCACAAAAGAUACAAUACAUUCCACUGUUACUUUACCCUGUCCCUAUUCUUUCUAUUCUGAAUGUCCCUAAUUUUAUCAGAGGAUUCUAUUAUUGUGAAAUACCUGAAUAACCUACUGUACUUUUCAGACUAUAAGACGCACCAGAUCAUAAGACGCACCUAGGUUUAGAGGAGGAAGACAAGAAAAAAAUUAGUUUUUUGCCUUUGUGAGUCCCGUUUUUGCCCUCCCCAGAGACCAGAAGCACUUUAUAGUCCAAAAGUGGUUCUUUUUUUGGCCUGCAGAGUGCUUCUGGAUGCCAGGGAGGGCAAAAAAUAGGACGCGCGGAAGGUUUGGGAGACCAAAAACAGGCCCGUAUUUGCUCUAAAAGACGUACAGACAUUUCCACCCACUUUUUUUUAGGGGGGGGGAGUGCAUCUUAUAGUCCAAAAAAUACAGUAAUUUUUUUAAAAAUAAUAUAUUCAUUGGAAGCAUUGCAAUAAAUUCAACAUUCAUUUGAAGCCUUCUGUUAUUACCAUGCUAAAAAGAUGAGUCCAUUUCAUGGGCACCCAUGAACACUGGAAAAAAAACAUGUAGCUUAAUAUCCAUACGAACAUUUCAAAAUCUUGUGUUUUUUUAAAAUAUGUUACAGCUUCCAGCUAUCCUGCUCAGCAUGGCUGAUAGACAUGAUAUGACUUGUGGCAUCAGUUCAAUUCAGAAGAGUAUUAUAUCUUAAGGAUGAUAAAGCUAAAAUGGGGAAAAUAUUAAGUUUUUGACCAGUGGUUUAGCUAAUUCCCAUUACUCUUUCUUACAUAACAUUCCCUAAACAGGCAGGCUCAGCUCUGUGAAUGCUGCAUAUUCAAUUUCAAAUCAAUUCUGCUGAACAGCUAUUGCAUAUUGUUAAUUAACUGUAAAAUAAUUUCAAAGAGUGAGCUAUUUGAGCCAACUUAUAAUACUCAGAUUGCCAUAUUUAUUUUGCUUUCAAAUGCACAAAUAUUGCAAAUUAGGAGAAACACAUAAGACAAACGAUGUAUAUUGAAGGCUCUAAUUACAUUCAAAAACAGCAAGAUAGAAUUACUUAAAGAUUUUACAUGAAGAGUUAGCUUUAUGAAAAGCUUGCAAAUAGGGAAAAUUUAUAAGCUUUUGCACUUCAGAGUUUAGACAUUUCAUCACUUAAAUUUGCUCAGUAUGAAUGCCUUCUUUCUCAGUGAUGACAUACACACGAGGAAUGGGGAAAUGCUGGUAUGCUAAGGACCCUCAGCAAUCAUUCCAAGUGAUACUACCUUCCUUCCUGCUCUAUAACAUAAAGUAUGAAUUAACCUUAGGUAUUUUUUUCUAAUGAAAGCAUUCCUUUAAUGUAGGAUAGUUUUCAAAUACGUAUUUCUCUUACGGUACAGUAUUGAGUUAUUGAAGACUAUGACUUCAGCUUCUAAAUUGGAUCAGAAAUUUUGGAGUGAGAUUUCUGUUACAACAAAAAUGUUCCUGAAAGCAAUCCCUAAAAGUGCUCAUGAUAAUCAACUUAAUACUGAGAUUAAAAGUCAUUCUUUGCAUAUGGAUUAUAACAAGCCACCUUUAAAAAAAUACCUUCAAUAUUUUGCUAUACAAUCAUAUGACAUACACACAUACAAAUACUGUUAUAUUUAAUUGUUAUUGCUUUAUUUGGUCAAUCGUUUUUAUACACAAAGCAUAUAAAAUUAAUUUUAUCCAAAAGAAUACUGGUGUUCAGUUAUGAACACAAUAUGAAUUUUGAGCUUUAAUGGGUAUAGCUAACAUAUAAAUUUAAGGAAACAAUUUGCAUUCUGGAUAAUUGUCUAGAUAAGGGAAUCUGGUUUUCCAAAACCUGUUCAUUAAAUUUUUGGAAGGCAUCUGUUUACAUCAUAUUCUAGUAUACCAGUGCUCAGUACUUUGAUAGAAACCACUGCCAUUAUGGGCAAUGAAGAUUCCUGAGAACUUAAAAUUUGCUAAACUAAAAGCUGUAAAGAAAGCCAACAAUUAUGACAGCAUUCUACUCAACAUAUCCUUUAAAAAUAGAUUUACAGUAAUAGUGGCACAUUAGAAAAUCUUGCUGCAUUUGGUUUGUACAGGGAAUAAUGUUUAUCUGAGGUUAUUUAUUAAACGAAAUCCUACUGUUUGUUUGCCUGACAACACCUGAUGUUUUCAAUAACCAAAACAAAACACA